AUGACAGAGAUGGGGUUUUGUUUGUCCUCUUCGCAAUGCAAUGAUAAAUGGAGAUACCUCAAAGCUAAGUACACUGCUAGAAAAGACAAUAUGGGUGCUAAAGGGACAGGACAGGAGCCAACUUAUUUUGAAUAUUUUGAAAAAAUGGAUUUAUUUCUAGGAAAAAAACAUACAAUCGUCCCAAUUGCGGUAGCGUCGUCAUCCAAAGGUGCCACUGAUUUUCCAGAGGUCGCCGGCUUAAAUUCUGAAGAAGAGCAGGACAAAGAAGAAACCUCAGGUUCUGCCGUCAAAAAGCGUAAGGUGCACAGCAAGGUAUCAUCGGUGGUAAAACAAAAUAAAAAGCCGGUGCAAGCAAUAAUGGAGAUUAUCCAAAAGGGUGCCGAAAAUAGAGAAGCCCACCGAAAUCAGCGACACCAAGAAACUGUAGCCUUGCGUCAAGAGGCAAUAAAUGAAUCAGGUGUUGCAAGAAGCCAGAUAACAGCCAACAAUUGUCUUUCUACAUCGAUGGUGCUUCUUCCUGUAACACCGCUUCGUAGUAAAUAA